AUGAAGAGGCGAAGGCAUGAGGUGGUCGACUUGUCUCUGCUGCCGCCUAUCGAAACGCUGAUACCGGAUGAACUCAAGAAUUACACAAAGGAGGAGCUCUCGGCGUACCUCGAAAGCAAAGGCAUCCAGCCGAAGGUGACAAAGCCGGAGAUGAAGCGGCAGAUGCGGCUGGUGCUGCAGGCCGUGAAGGAGAAUAAGCCCGAACUCAUCGUGCAGCUCCAGAACGAUGCCCUGCGCGAGAUCAUCGAAACGCCACGCAAACUCAGCCGCCCCGUCGACUUUCCUCGCCCACACCUGCCGGCUGGUCUGCAGAUUCCGAUGGCCGCGGCUGCGGCGGCCGCUGCGGUGCAGGAGGGCGACGUGGCCAUGUGCAGCGGACCCGGGUGCCGCAAGAAGGCCAACCGCGAGUGCGACUUCCUCCGCUGCCGGUCCUGCUGCACCCGCAACGGGUAUCUGUGCUACAUUCACAUGAACGACGUGCAGCGGCGGGGCAACGAGUCGCACCUGUACCGCGAGCAUCCGUUCGUGAAGGGCACGGCCGAGGUCUCGGCGUCGGGUCUCUCGACGUCGCAGGCCUCGCGUACCACCUCCACCGUCGGCGCCCAAGCCCAACCCGCCGAACCCACCCAAAGAGGGCCGACAGAGAGUGUGAAGGAGCGGAUGGUGUGGAUGGAGACGUGUCCCGGGUGCGGGGUGCCCGUGGCGGCGGCCGGGUCGCUGUUCCUGCUCCACCUGCGGCUGUGCUGCCCCGACAUCCUCGAGCGCCUGCUCGCCGAACCACACAACGCCCGCGCCAUGCUCCGCCGCCCUCACGCGGUGGAGAGCGAGGAGGAGGCGGACGACACGGGCCUUCCAGACGCUCCCGAGGAAGAAGAUGUCGAGGAGGAGCUGGAGCCGGUGGACAAGGCCAAGGUCAGGGCGGAGCUGCGAUACAAGCGACGGAAGGCCGACCUCGGCCUCCUCUUCUCCAACGAGCCACCACUCCUCGAGGCCAUCGGAGACACGAUUCUCAAUUUUGCGGAGAGGAAGGCGAGCCUGCAGCGGAUAGUGGAGAAGCUGGAGGGCCUCGUUGGAGACGACGCGUCGCUGGUGGCCCUGGACGCCGAGCAGCGCCGGAUCGAUUCGUUCGCGGGGUACCUCGACGCCCUCGACGCCGCGGCCACCAUCGACGAGGUGGCCGGGCUCGAGCAGGCCUUCGAGGCCGAGCACGGCAUCAUCCUCCACGCGGGCAACGUCGCCUUCAACGUCCACCGACACCAACGCGCCGCCGCCUCCACGGCCGACGACCACGGGCUCCCACCACUGGCGCCCCAGCAGCCCCGCUCGGCCGUCGCCCCUGAGACCGUCUAUCUCGCCCAGCUGUAA